AUGUCGCUGUCGGAUCGUUCCGAUUUCCGAAGAAAGUUGAAGGAAGCAAACGCAAAAUACGAUUAUCGGCAAGGUGGAUAUGGCAUAUAUUACCAAACGGCAGAGAAAAAUCGCGGGAGAGGAGUGGCGGAGAAAAAUCAAACAAGCACCGGGCGCCAACCGCCAAGAAAACGGACGGGAAAGCAGAGCAGGGCGAACCUCACCGGAUCCACACCGCCUUCUCCUCCCUCCCUCCCUCCAUCUCUCUCUCGCCGGAGCCAGAUCCAAUACACGCUGCCCUCUCAUCCGAUGGCUCCUCUCCUUUCCAAACCGCUGCUCGCGGACACCGGCACCAAGUUCCAUGCGGCCUCAACGCCAGUCUCGUGCUCCGGUAGCCCACAACGAUAUGCCAUCGCAGGGUUGGCUGGGGCCGGAAGAAGAGACCGGGACUGGCGCCGGAGGACGCGGGGAAGAACGAGCUUGAGGGUGAAAGCGGUGGCGGCGGAGUCCCGCAGCUCGGAGGGGGGAAUCGCCGAAGAUUAUUACGCUGUUCUUGGCGUUAUGCCAGAUGCAACGCCGAAGCAGAUCAAGAAAGCAUACUACAAUUGCAUGAAAUCUUGUCAUCCUGAUCUCAGUGGGAAUGACCCUGAUAUGACAAAUUUCUGCAUGUUCAUCAAUGAAGUUUACACGGUGCUUACCGAUCCCAUCCAGCGAGCAGUGUAUGAUGAGAUACAUGGGUAUGCUGCGACUGCAACCAAUCCUUUCUUGGAUGACAGUGCACCCCGGGAUCACGUAUUUGUUGAUGAGUUUAGCUGCAUAGGAUGCAAGAACUGUGCUAACGUGUGUUCUAAGGUCUUUCAAAUUGAGGAAGAUUUCGGACGGGCAAGAGUUUAUGACCAAUCAGGCAGCACAGAACUGAUUCAGGAAGCUAUUGAUAGUUGCCCAGUUGACUGCAUUCAUUGGACUUCAGCUGCUCAACUUUCGCUCCUUGAGGAUGAAAUGCGCAGAGUAGAGAGAGUAAAUGUUGGAUUAAUGCUUGCUGGGAUGGGAGGCUCAGUUGAUGUGUUUCGGAUGGCAAGCUCACGCUGGGAGAAAAGACAAGCCAAAGUCCUGGAGAAGGUCAGAAGGCGGAUGAGCCAAGAUGAUUCCAGUAAGGGUGGCUCAUGGAGUGAUAUUUGGGGAGCACCAACAAGAUACGAGAAGAACGAAGAGGAGGCAAAGGAGAGAGCAAAGCGAGCAGCGGCUGCAGCAAGGAGGUGGCGAGAGUACUCAAGGAAAGGCGCCGACAAGCCUCCAACAUUCAAACUUCCAGAGGCAGUGCCCAACAAGGAGUGA